CUGAAGUUUGGUAGACUUCAUCCCCUGAGCGUUGGUACUGUGCGUGAACUCCGAUCGUUAAGGAAAACGACAAGACCUAUGAACCUGACCUCGUUAUAAAAAUAAAAAUAUCAUGACAGACGCGGAAAGUUUAAAGGAAGCUAUAGCGCAGUACGAACAACAGCUGGCACAGGUUCAGGCCACACUGUCAUCGACGGCCGAAGGAACCGACCGGGAGAAUUUAUUAAGCUUACAGUCGGACAUAGAAGAGUUAAUUAAUUUAACGAAGGAAAGUCUACAGAGCAUCGAAUCGGGUGACACGGGAAACGAGUCUUCGACAGAGAUUUUAAGUGACGACGACAAUGAUCCACUGGCGAAGGAAUACGCCUUGUUCAAGGCAGAACUGGAGAAAGUCUCAGAUGACUCUGAGAGUAAUAAGCAGAAUGAACAAGCUGCUGGAACUUCAAACAAUAUAGAAGAAGAAUUGAAGCAGUUGGAGGGCAUGAAAUGUAGAGCCCCUUAUGGUAGCAGUUGGGGAGGAAUCGGUUAUCAUAAUGCUAUGAUAUGCUCAGUUUACGGGAUCAACAAUACAGAAAUAAGAAACAUGCAAGAAUUGAAGGUCAGAGUAUUCUUCCUAAAUCCGACGCACAAAGAAAAGCUUCCAUGUCCUUACUAUUUGAAUGGAAAGUGUAAGUUUUCUGACGAGGAUUGCAGGUUUUCUCAUGGUGAACUAGUGCUACUGUCUAGCAUAAAGGAAUAUAGGGAGCCUGAUUUUCAAAGUAUAAAAAUGGGUAGCAGGGUAUUAGCAAAACAAAAAAACCAACUAUGGCACAGAUGUGUCGUACUGAAAAUGCCAGAAAAAGUUGGAGAUGUUUUCAGAAUUAAGUUUGAAGCAAGUGGUAACAUUGCUGAGGUUUUCUUACAAGACAUCUUGCCACUUGAUGACGCAGAUUUAGAAAUGUCAGAUACAUCUGAAGAGUCGGACAGUGAAAGUGACUCAACAGAAUAUCCUAAGGAAGUAGUAAUUCACCAGUCUCUCCUUACAAUGGAUAAUAAUGCACCACUCGGAAAUUGGGAAAAGCAUACUCGCGGUAUAGGUAGUAAGUUAAUGGCUCAAAUGGGAUACAUAGUGGGUUCUGGUCUUGGAAAACGAUCGGACGGUCGGGUAGAACCAGUUGAAGCAACGGUAUUACCAGUUGGUAAAUCCUUAGAUUAUUGCAUGGAAUUGCGAGAAAAUGCAGGUGGAGACAAAAAUUUAUUCUCCGUUGAACGUAGAAUGCGGAAGCAACAACAAAAGUUAGAGCAACAGAGGGAGAGGCAGUAUCAAAGAGAAAAACAAAGAGAAGAGAAUAAUGUAUUUAAUUUUAUAAAUGCAACAUUAGGUGAUAAACCUAAAAAUCAACCCCAAACUAGUAUCACAAAAAGUAAAAGUGAUCUUAAAACAGAAUCGAAUCGACAAUUAAAUGUAGCCAGCCUCCAAAUUGGAGAAAAUAUUUUAAGACUGGAAAGAGAAUCAUCCAAGUUAAAAGAAUCGUUAGGAAGACAUGCGAAAGGUAGCAUUCAAUACAAUAAUAUUGUAAUGAAGUAUAAUGAGAAGCAAAAAGAGCUCGUUGAUUUAAGAGCAUCAGAAAAGAAUAUUACUGCUGAGCAAAACCAGCGAAAGAAUAGAGCUAAAUUAUCCAUAUUUUGAUGUCGAUGCAUUUACUAUUUUAUGUUUCUAAAGGAAAUGGAAAUAUACGUGAAAUAUCUACAAAUAUGUACAUAUAGAAAUAUAACGAAUAAAUCUUAA